AUGGCGUCUAUAAUACUCAGGAGAGCUCUAACGCCUCGCCUGCAUCAUGUGGCGUUUAAGCCAUUUGCAGGUGUGAGGUGUUUGGCCGACAAGGCUGGGCCGGUUCCGGACGAGACAAAGCAGGAUCACCUCAAGUAUCUAUCACAGUUUUAUUCGCCUGAACUGCUGGAGUCAAUCAAAAUUGCCGAAUCGACCGUCAGUCCCGAGCAGUGGAAGAGCAAAAAGCCAAACACCAUUGAGUUUGCACCAAAAUACCUGGACGAUUUGAGCAAGUACGAUGAAUUCUGGGACAAAGUGCCAGAUGAGAAGUUGCAACAAGAGCUUAUUGACUACGAAAAGCCUCUUUAUCCACAAAGGAGCAUGCCCCAGGAAGGCCUGAUUUUGGAGAACUUGUCAGAGGAUCCCUUAUCGACAUUGGCUAUGAAUCUAUACUUGAAGUUUGGUCUGGACCCCAACUCGGUCAAGGACUUGCACUUCCGUGUGCUGCAGAUAAAAUUCGUCAGCAACCAGACAGGUAACGGAAAGAUCGGAUCUUAUUAUGCCAUUGGUGUUGUGGGAAACAAGAACGGAAUGGUUGGGAUUGGAGAAGGCAGAGACCUCGAGAAAAUCGAAUCUGCAGUGCUCAAGGCCAGGUGGUCUGCCAUUAAGAACAUGCAAAAGGUGGAAAGACUCGAGAACCGUACGAUCUAUGGAGCUGUCGAGUCCAAGCUCGGAUCGAGUAUCGUCAAGUUGCGCUCUGCUCCUCCAGGUUCUGGGUUGAGAGUCAACCCUGUGGUCUUCGCGAUCUGCCAGUGUGCUGGAAUCAAGGAUCUUGGAGGAAACGUCUACAGGUCCAGGAACAAAAUGAACGUGGCGAAGGCAGCUUUCGAUGCGUUGACCAAACAGGUGAGUCUGGAGGAGAUUGCUUCUAGAAGAGGAAAGAAGGUUGUCGAUCUCCGCAAGACGUACUACUCUGCUGCGUAG